AUGUUGGGGUUCGCGGUGCGGCGGCGCUGCCCGCGGGGGCUGCGGCGGGGCCGGGAGGCGCUGCUGGUGCUGCUGGCACUGCUGGCGCUGGCCGGGCUGAGCUCCAUACUGCGAGCGCGGCGCCGAGCUGCUACUGCAGUCGCAGAGCCGAGACCUGCGACUCCCCGAGGCUCCUCGUUCUCCGGGCGGCGUGAACCGGUCCUGCCCCGGCCGCCGGUGCCCGCGGACGCGCUGGGUGCGCGGGGCGAGGCGGUGCGGCUGCAGCUGCAGGGCGAGGAGCUGAGGUUGCAGGAGGAGAGCGUGCGGAAGCACCAGAUCAACAUCUACCUCAGCGACCGCAUCUCGCUGCACCGCCGCCUGCCCGAGCGCUGGAACCCGCUGUGCAAGGAGGUGAAAUAUGAUUACGAUCACCUGCCCAAGACAUCUGUCAUCAUAGCGUUUUACAACGAAGCCUGGUCAACUCUCCUCCGGACAGUGUACAGCGUGCUUGAGACGUCCCCGGAUGUCCUGCUGGAGGAGGUGAUCCUGGUGGAUGACUACAGCGACAGAGAGCACCUGAAGGAGCGGCUGGCCAACGAGCUGUCAGGCCUGCCCAGGGUGCGCCUGAUCCGGGCCACCAAGAGGGAGGGCCUGGUGCGAGCACGGCUGUUGGGUGCUUCGGCAGCCAAGGGGGACGUGCUGACCUUCUUAGACUGUCACUGCGAAUGCCAUGAGGGCUGGCUGGAGCCGCUGCUACAGAGGAUCCAUGAAAAGGAGUCGGCAGUGGUGUGCCCCGUGAUCGAUGUGAUCGACUGGAACACUUUUGAGUACCUGGGGAACCCCGGGGAGCCCCAGAUUGGGGGCUUCGACUGGAGAUUGGUGUUCACGUGGCAUGUGGUUCCCGAGAGGGAGAGGCUGCAGAUGCGUUCCCCCAUCGACGUCAUCAGGUCUCCAACGAUGGCUGGUGGACUGUUUGCUGUGAGUAAGAAAUAUUUUGAGUACCUGGGGUCUUAUGAUACAGGAAUGGAAGUUUGGGGAGGAGAAAACCUCGAAUUCUCCUUUAGGAUCUGGCAGUGUGGGGGCACCCUGGAGACCCACCCGUGUUCCCAUGUCGGCCAUGUGUUCCCUAAGCAAGCACCCUAUUCCCGUAGCAAGGCUCUGGCCAACAGUGUCCGGGCAGCUGAAGUGUGGAUGGAUGAAUUCAAGGAGAUAUACUACCAUCGAAACCCCCGUGCCCGCUUGGAACCCUUUGGGGAUGUGACAGAGAGGAAGCAGCUCCGGGAAAAGCUCCAGUGUAAGGACUUCAAGUGGUUCCUGGAGACUGUGUAUCCAGAGCUGCAUGUGCCCGAAGACAGGCCCGGCUUCUUCGGCAUGCUGCAGAACAAAGGCCUGAAGGACUACUGCUUCGACUACAACCCUCCCGAUGAGAACCAGAUCACGGGCCACCAAGUCAUCCUCUACACCUGCCACGGGAUGGGCCAGAACCAGUUUUUUGAGUACACAUCCCAGAAGGAAAUACGCUAUAACACCCACCAGCCGGAGGGCUGUGUGGCGGUGGAGGUGGGCAAGGACAUUCUGGUCAUGCAUCCGUGCCAAGACACCACCCCGGAGAACCAGCAGUUCUUGCUCCAGGAGGAUGGCUCGUUAUUUCACCAACAGUCCAAGAAAUGUGUCCAGGCUGAAAAGAAAGCCAGCAACAGUUUUGUGCCCCUCCUGCGAGACUGCUCCAACUCAGAUCAUCAGAAAUGGUUCUUCAAGGAGCGCAUGGCAUGAAUGGUUCCCUGAGGACGUGGCUGAGCCGAGUUUAGCUGCAGGCAGUCGCCAGUGCCGCCCAACUCAGUGGCCCCAGCCUUCUGGCAUGUGUGAGCAUUGUUGGAUCCGGUAAAAAUGUGAAUAAGCGUUGUAUUGAUUUUGAAAACUUAAAAUGUUGCCAAAUGCCCGAUUUUCCAAGGGUAACCAUCAGAGUUGAAUUUGUGAUAUUCUGGGAAUUAAAAGUUUAUCCUAUUUUUCUAUCAA